AGAAAGGCAUUACGGCCUUUCUUCUCUGAAGAACAUGGCCGACAUUUUGAUGUUGCUGUCAUGAAGAUUUUUCAGUGACAUAAAAUUUUAACUUUGUAGUUCUUCAUGCACGGUUUUAAGUUCCCAGAACAUUUUAUUUUUUAAUCGCUUAUCGGUGUUUAGUGUAACCCUGUUUUGUUGUUACAAUGGCAGCUGAUCGGGAGAUUGCUGCUGAAGACAGCAUUAGAGUCGUAUGUCGAUUUCGGCCACUCAAUGACUCUGAAGAAAAAGCUGGUUCAAAAUUUAUUGUGAAAUUCCCUUCAGGACCUGAUGAUAAUUGCAUUUCUAUAGGGGGUAAAGUGUACUUGUUUGACAAAGUAUUCAAACCAAAUGCAACCCAAGAAAAGGUCUACAAUGAAGCUGCAAAAAGUAUUGUAUCAGAUGUACUGGCUGGUUACAACGGCACCAUAUUUGCAUAUGGUCAGACCAGUUCUGGUAAAACACAUACCAUGGAAGGUGUCAUAGGAGAUCCAGGAAAACAGGGUAUUAUUCCAAGGAUAGUAAAUGAUAUAUUCAAUCACAUCUAUGCAAUGGAAGAAAACCUUGAAUUUCAUAUAAAAGUGUCAUAUUUUGAAAUAUACAUGGACAAAAUAAGAGAUUUGUUAGAUGUAUCAAAAGUCAAUCUUAGUGUUCAUGAAGACAAAAACAGAGUUCCAUUUGUAAAGGGUGCUACUGAACGAUUUGUGUCAAGUCCUGAGGAAGUUUUUGAAGUUAUAGAAGAAGGAAAAUCAAAUCGACACAUUGCUGUGACAAACAUGAACGAACAUUCAUCUAGAUCUCAUUCUGUCUUCCUCAUAAAUGUAAAGCAAGAAAACUUGGAAAAUCAAAAGAAGCUUUCGGGAAAAUUGUAUCUUGUGGACUUGGCUGGUUCCGAAAAGGUAUCCAAAACUGGUGCUGAAGGUACUGUACUAGAUGAGGCAAAGAACAUCAACAAAUCACUGUCGGCCCUUGGUAACGUAAUUUCGGCGUUAGCGGACGGAAACAAAUCGCACAUCCCUUACAGUGAUUCAAAAUUAACACGAAUUCUGCAAGAGUCAUUGGGUGGUAACGCUAGAACGACAAUUGUUACUUGCUGUUCGCCAGCAUCUUUCAACGAGAGCGAAACAAAAAGCACCCUCGACUUUGGUAAAAGGGCUAAAACUGUUAAGAAUGUUGUAUGUGUUAACGAAGAGCUCACGGCUGAAGAAUGGAAACGACGCUACGAGAGAGAAAAGGAGAAGGUGGCUAGGCUUAAGGGCAAGGUUGAGAAGUUGGAGGCUGAGCUUAGCCGUUGGCGGUCUGGCGAGACGGUGCGACCAGAAGAACAGGUUAACUUACAAGAAAUUGACGCUGUUACUCCAGUUACAUCAUUCAUUGAAGAAAAACCACCAGUACCGCCUGUCCCAGUGGCAGUUUCAAGUGCAGUGGAAGAUGCAGCCAUGCAGGGUAAAUUGGAAACCCUAUACCAACAAUUGGAUGAUAAAGAUGAGGAGAUCAAUCAACAAUCACAGCUGGUUGAAAAACUUAAGGAGCAAAUGAUGGAACAGGAAGAACUUAUUGCUUGCACCAGACGCGAUUACGAAGCGCUGCAAGGUGACAUGAACCGAAUCCAACAAGAGAACGAAGCGGCCAAGGAAGAGGUCAAGGAGGUGCUUCAAGCUCUCGAAGAGCUUGCCGUCAACUACGACCAGAAAUCACAAGAGGUUGAUAGCAAGAGCCGCGAAUGUGACCAACUGUCCGAAGAGUUACAGACGAAACAGAGCGCAUUGACAAGUGCCACCGCCGAGCUACAGCAACUCCGUGACUUGUCGGCUCACCAACGGAAACGUAUCGCUGAACUUCUCACGAAUCUACUGAGAGAUCUCGCGGAAAUAGGUGCUGCAGUAGGCGGCUCCGAACUGGACUUCAAACUCAACGUGGACACGGUUGGCAAGCUCGAGGAAGAGUUUACAGUGGCGCGUUUACAUAUUAGCAAAAUGAAGAGUGAGGUCAAGAACAUCGUACAACGUUGCCACUCGCUCGAAUCGGCUAACAUUGACGCUAAUCAAAAGAUCGAAGAAUACGAGCGGUCGCUGGGUGAAUGCCGCCUGCUGAUCUCGCAGCACGAGGCGCGAUGUGCCUCGCUCGCGGAGUCCAUGCGCGAGGCCGAGAACAAGAAACGACAACUGGAAGAAGCGGCCGAUGCGCUGCGCGAGGAAUGCGCCCGGCUUCAGGCGGCGGAGCGCGUGCAGCUGGCGGCGGCCGAGCAGCGCGCCGACUCGCAGGUGCGCGGCGCGCUCGAGGCGCAGCUCGAGCAGCUGCGGGCCGCGCACGCCACGCAGCUGGCCGCGCUGCGGGACGAGCUCGCCGCGCUGCAGCGCCAGCACCAGGAGCUCAAGGAUACGUACCAGGAGCUGACCCUCGCGCGGCAGCAGUUGCAGGAUGACUACGAGAAACUGAAGCGAGAGGAGGCCGACAAGUCGGCGAAACUCAAGGAACUUAUUCAAAGCGUGGAGCGGCGUGAGCAGGCCCGCGCCGAUCUCAAGGGUUUGGAGGACACCGUCGCCAAGGAGUUGCAAACCCUGCACAACUUACGGAAACUAUUCGUGCAGGACUUACAGGCGAGGAUAAAGAAGUCCACGAAUUCGGAAGAAGGUGCCGAAGAGGAGGGCGGCUCGCUCGCGCAGAAACAGAAAAUCUCAUUCUUGGAGAACAAUCUGGAACAGCUGACAAAGGUCCACAAGCAGCUAGUACGCGACAACGCGGAUCUGCGCUGCGAACUGCCCAAGCUUGAAAAGCGUCUGCGAGCGACUAUGGAGCGUGUCAAGGCACUCGAGACGGCGCUCAAGGAAGCUAAAGAGGGCGCUAUGCGCGAUCGUAAGAGGUAUCAAUUCGAGGUUGACAGGAUCAAGGAGGCGGUUCGUGCCAAGAAUCUUGCCCGAAGAGGACCGCAAGCACAAAUCGCGAAACCGAUCCGUGCGGGCGGUGGACACAUGGUGGGCGGUGGCGCGGGAGGCGUUGUGCGACCGGCGCCUGCGCAGGAUAUCAAGCGGAAGUCGAUCAUAGUCGGCGCGCGAGAUGAGAGUUGAACUGUUAGCCGUUACGUCGUAGAGAAUUUAAAUGAAACUUCAUAGAUGUACCUAAUAUGGGCGGCGGAAAUUCUUGAAAAUAUACCCAUUAUACUACGUGUUUAUGAAAAGCCUAAUAAUAAACUGCAUCAAAAAAAAAAAGAAAAAUAUCGUAGAAUUCUCUAGGCUUAAUCUUUCGAGCUAUCUAAUCUUAAUGUCAAUAAGUGCACAUGGAUUUAGAAUUAUAAUAGCUUUUUGCAAAUUAUAAAUAGGUCAGGUUUCAUAUAAAUUCGAUAUCGGUUAUCAUUAGGUACCGGUGCAAAAAGUAUUACGAUAUGAGCAGACCCGAAGCUUCGAUGGUCUUUGAUGUUGCUAUUUUUAUUAUUAAAUGAAAUAAAAAAAUAUUUUUAUUAUAUGACAAAAGUAUUACGUUUAAUUUCACGUCGUAAGUGGCUAAUUUGUGAUCACUAUACCACGGGAGGAAAUGCGACGAAACGGUAUGUAGAAGUCGUUAAGUACAAAAUAUACCGAGCCAGUUACCAAUAUGUUGUCUGGAAACAUGGAAAUGUAGGCGGUCACAUUUCUUUCUUGUUUGGUAUAGAAUGAUAAUAACUUCAAAGAUGCAAUAUUUCAUUAUCUAUAAGAAUAUGCUGUGAGUUAUUUGCAGACUAGCAUAUGCUGCCGCACAAAUAAAUAAAAAAUAAAAAAAAAAUACCAAGGCCGUAUUGUCCUAUUCCGCGUGUGGUGGCAAAUGCAUACCAGUGUGCAUCUUCAGUGUGUAGUUGUAGUUUAAGCUUCUUUAAUAUAUAUUUUUAUAUAUUGUGAUAAGCGUUGUUAUGCCGAUAUGUGAGCAUUUAUUUAUGUUAACGAACGACUUUUCGGUAUAUGUUCACAAGGUGUCAUGGGUGAUAACGAGGGGACUCAACGGUGAUACACGUAAAGCUUCAGGUUUAGUCUAACACGGUCAGUUUGGUUGGUAUGAGCGUGUGUGCCUGGGCGACUUGCUGCAACUAGCAAGUUCACUGCCACUAGGCACAGUCUGCGCCAGAUGGAUUCGCAAUACAAAUUAGUGGGCGAUUUUUGUAUUCUUAUUUAGGAAUAUGAAAAUCUCUUUCAACUAAAUACAUUUUUUGCUCUGGUAACUAAAAAAAAAAAUACAAAAUUACAGAUACACGUUAUUAAAACUAAUUGCAAAUAGAGUUCAUAUUAGAAUAGGUUAUCAUUCAUAUCACCUUCCGCUUGGCUCCCAUUCUAUCGUCACCGUCACAUUUGCUUGCGAGCUGUGAUGAUUUUUGUUUUCUAGCAAAUGUAUUGUCAUAUUUGUAUUGCUGUCUCGGUGGUAACUUUAGUAACACUUGGUACAUACAUAAAGCUUUUGAAAUGUAUUCGCACGUGUAAUACAUCGACACUGUAGUCGUUUCGAAGAAUAUUAACACAACAAAUGACCCAUUGAAAAUAUUCAGUUUUGAAUUUAUUAUAAAUUAUCUAUUUGCUUUCAAAAUACAUCAGCUUCGUAGUAGAUCUGUAACUUAUGUAAGUACUUAUGAAUUAAUCACUAUGGGAUAUAGUCCAGAAUGGGCUUGUUGCAAUUAAUUGAAGUACUGAAAAGUAUGUUCAUACACCGUUUCCAACUAGGAGUUAUGGAACUAUGGCUGAAUAAAUAUUUAGAAAACCAAAGAUAAAUCACAAUUGUUAGAUUUAUUAUUCGAGAUUAAAAUAUUUAUCAACAAAAAGAAAUAAUUCCCGAAUCAUUCAACGGUUCCAAAACUCCUUUGUGUGUUGCAAUACAUUUAUUAUAUCGUUUAGGUGUAAAGUUGUAGUAAAUUAUUUCACAUUUAAGUUAGAUACUUGAUUUUAUUAUAUUUUAUUUAUUGUAUAUCAUAACUAAAUUAUCUCAUUUUUCACUUAAGAAGUGUAAUGCGCUUUUUUUUUACAUACCUCUAUUUACAUUAUUUUUAAUCAUGAUCAAAUGAAUAUAUUUUUUCACUCAGAAUUAGAGAUGUUUACAAAGAUGCAUUCCACAAGGAAAUAAAAGUGUGUCUUUGUGUAUCUUUAUGUUGUUUUGUUAAAAUGUAGGUAAAUAUGAGGCUAUCCUCGGUUUCCACUCGCCUGUUGCAUAUAUAGCUCAAACCGGAAGUCUGCGCUGCGACUCUUACUCGGUAGUCGAGUGAACCCCAAACCGGCAGGCUUGCCUUUGCACCAAGUGAUUUAGUUUGUAUUGACAUCUUUUGUAUGAUGUAUUUAAUAUAUGGAAAAUCCUCAAAAAGAGUGUUUUCUUCAUUUUUAUUUAUUAUAAAAAUAAAAUUAUGAAUUUAAUUUGCUA